AUGGCCAACCUGAGCUACAUCAGGAACUUCUGCUUCAGCCGCUCCAGUAAAGACGAGCUCAGCUACUGUCUGAGCACCUUCGAGGCCGCCGUGGAGUUCAUCAACCUGGGCAGGCUGCAGGACACACACUCUGGCUCGGGGGGGCUGAAUGACAAGGCGCUGUUCAAGGAGAGGAUGAGUCUGCUGUCUCAGAGCGCCGCCACGCCCAUCCACUGCCUGUUUGAGGUGAGCGCAGGAAACAAACAAAACAACAACAACAACAACAACAACUCAAUAUUUAGAAACACGAUGUGCGGCUGGGGCUCAGUAAUGUCUGAGG